UAAUAAAAUUAGACAAAAUAAUAAAAAAAAAAAAAGCCAAAAAAAAAACUUUUCCUUUAUUAUCCUUGAACCCCUUUAAUUUGCUCUCCUAUCUUAGCUUCCUCCAUCGAGUCUGGCUAAGUCCUUACCCCCACGUCCAAAAAAGCCACUUUCUCUCUCCUCUCUUUCUCCCUCUUUAUCUCUGGUUUAUUUUCUCUUCCUUCUUUCUUUCUCAACUGUCAUUUUCUCACAUAUACUUCACACAAAAGAAACUACGAACUUCACUUUCUCUCUCCUCCCAUUCUUUCUGCAACUACCCCCCCCCCCCCUGCUUCCUCUUUCUCUCUCUUCAAUUCGAUCAUCUUCUUCAUUCAUUAACAUCAUCCAAACCCUUAAACAAACAAACAACCAAUCAAUUUUUAACUUCCAAACUCAACUUCAUACUCCCUCUUUCAAUUCGCUUGUGUGUUUAAUUAUUGUUAUUAUUAUAACCUUAAUUAUAUGGAGUUAUUCCCAGCUCAACCAGAUUUAUCCCUCCAAAUCAGUCCCCCAAACGUACCCAAACCCACUUCCGGAGUCUCCGCUACAUCGGACAUGGAUUUAGCCUUCUGGAAGCGCGCUUCCGAUAACUCUAGAAACUCCAUCUCCGACAAAACAAACUCCACCUUCGACCUCUCUCUAUCACACCCGGUAGCGGCCUCCUCAGCCGCCACCGGGUCUAAUUUCCUCCAUCAUUACCAUCACCACCACCAACAACAGCAACAGCAGCAGCUGUACCAGCAGCUGCUACAACAACACCAUCAAACAAAUUCCAAUAAUAGUACGAUUAGUAGUCAUAAUAGUAAUAGUAUUAGUAAUAACAGUAAUAGCAAUAAUGGAUUGGGCUCGGAGUUGGGCUUUUUAAGGCCCAUUAGAGGGAUCCCAGUUUAUCAAAACCCUCCACCGUCUUUUCCGUUUGCUCCACCACAGCCAAUGGAUUCUACCAGUAUCACCGCGGCCGGUCUAGCUAAUCCUAACUUAGUUUCACCCGCAUCCAAUCAUCACCUUCAUCAUAUACCUUAUCACUCGCCUUCUUCUCACCACCAUCAUCAUCAAGGGCUAAUGAGAUCAAGGAUUUUUUCGCGCUUUCCGGCUAAACGUAGCAUGAGAGCACCUCGGAUGCGCUGGACUUCAACUCUUCAUGCUCGUUUCGUUCACGCCGUUGAACUCUUGGGUGGCCAUGAAAGGGCAACACCAAAGUCAGUACUUGAGCUCAUGGAUGUCAAGGAUCUUACCUUAGCUCAUGUCAAGUCCCAUUUACAGAUGUAUAGAACGGUAAAGACAACUGAUAGAGCAGCUGCUUCUUCAGGGCAAGGGGAUGCAUACGAAAAUGGUUCGUCGGGCGAUACAUCAGACGACAUGUUUGGGAAUAUGCAAAGCAGUAGAAGUUCCGAGCGACCGACUCUUCCGCAUGGAAGAUCGUCGCCAAAUAUGCACCAAGAAAAGGACUAUAAUUCUCAUGGACUUUGGAGCAAUUCUUCAAGCAGGGAAGCUUGGUUGCAUAGCAAGCCUAAGGAUUCCUCAGGAAACAACAUGCAAUGCCAAUCUUCUCUCGAGAAGGAGCCAGAACCGAAAUGUUUAAGCUACGAGAGAUUAUCAGAAGUAAGCUCAUCAAACAUAUCAUCAGGAGAUCAUCAAACAAGUCCAACAAAGCCAAAUCUGGAGUUCACCUUGGGGAGGCCACUUUAACUUAAAUUAAUUUUUUAGGUUUCUUCAAAUAUUUUUUUGGGGAGAAGAGAACAAAUAUAAUGAUGAUAAAAUGAGUAUGAAGAAAUAUAAUAGGGAAUACAAAAACUACUCAUUUUGAAAUGAUUAUAGUCUUCUUAACUGAGCUGAGCCAGGUUGAUUGAGAAUCAGGUACUCUCUGGUUGAAAUUUCAGAGCCAGAAAAAGAAAGGUGGAAAAAAGGAGAAAAAAAAAGGUGAAAAUAAAAAAGGAGGAGACAAAAAAGACAGAAAGCAACAAAAGGAGAAGAGGAUUGGAAUUCAAGGAAAAGGGUGUAAUAGUCAUUUUCAAUGUAUAAUUUGGUACUAGCUCAAAAAAAAAAAAAAAAAAAAAAAAAAAAAAAAA